UGCAGCCGGAGCCGCAUGACGCGCGGAGGAGGCAGCGGGAGCCGCCGGGGCCGCGGGAGCCGGGAUCCGGGCGCCGCGCGCCAGGGGUGGGCGCCGCUUGCUCCGCCCUGCGAAGCCCCUACGCGUCCGGGGACGUGUCCCCCCCGCCGCAGCCGCGCCGGGCUCCGCCGUGUGGCCGCCGCCGCCGCCGCUGCCAUGUCCCCGGGGAAGCCCGGGGCGGGCGGAGCGGGGACGAGGCGGACCGGCGGGAGGAGGCGGAGGCGGAGGCGGCGGCUAGAGGCGGUGACUCAGGCGCCGGGGCUCGGGCGCACGGCGGGGCCCGGCUCGCGCGUCCCGGGCACGUUCCAGGGCGCGCGGGGCAUGAAGCCGGCGGCUCGGGAGGCGCGGCCGCCUCCGCGCUCGCCCGGGCUGCGCUGGGCGCUGCCGCCGCUGCUGCUGCUGUUGCCCUUGGGCCAGAUCCUGUGCGCAGGUGACUGUGGCACCAACUGCAAUGUGACUACAUUCUCAUCUAUAGCCAGUAAGAGUCCAUGGACCGCAGCCCCAGAAAACCUUUUAACAACUGUAAUGCAUUCGAAUGGCCAGUUUACUCAGGCAGACAGUAGGACAUUUUCACCCCUGGAUCCUGAAUCCAGUCCUGUGAAAGCGGUUACCAUCAGUCCAUCCAGUGUGACCCCAACUUGGAAAAACAACACAACGGCUUCUGAUUCCAUGGGUGGCAUAAAGAGUACGAAUGAGAAUCUGCAGAUGGGCUUUGCAAAUCAGACAGGUGAUAACAGCACGGAUUCGGGGCCAGGAAGCAACGGGACUUCAGGAGAUGCCACAGUAGAACCUCAUCCAGUAAUGGAUCUGCGUGCUGCCUUCGUGGGUGUGACGCACGUGACUCUUACCUGGAAGAAUGAUAACAUCACGGACACCUGCCGGAUGCUCCUUGAAGGAAGCCAGGAGUCGACUAAAAACUUAAUGGUCAAUAUUUUUGACCUGAAGCCGGGGAGUCAGUACACGGUCACCCUGUAUCCUUUAGGAUCAAAUGAGACCCAGGGAAGCCCCCUGUCGACAGAAAAUGGCUUGGAUGCCGGCAACACAGACAGCUUGCCUGGGGGUCCCACGGCCCCUGGGUCCAAAUACCGACUGGAACGUGCCGGCCCGUCCUCUGACGCUUCUCUGGCCCAGGACACCGUGGAAGUCUUGCUUCUCAGGUUAAAGCCUGACACACAGUACAAGGCCACAGUCUAUCCCCAGGCUGGGGUUAACGGUGCCGAAGGACAGCCCCAGGCUACAGAGUUCAAAACAAAUCCCAGUCAGGUUUUUGACAUCAAAGUUGUGAACAUCAGCGCCACCAGCUUGACCAUGACCUGGAAGAUCAAUGAUAAUGAGUCAUCUUCAGUCUAUACCUACAGGAUACAAGUUGUGGAUGAGACCGAUUCCUUCAAUCUCACCGUCAAUGAGACUCAUGCCAUCAUCACUGAACUGAGCUCAGGCACCUUGUACAACAUCACGGUGUAUCCUUUCCUUGAUGACGGUUCCGAGGGCACGCCGGGCUUCAUCCAAGUUUACACCCCCCCCAGUCCAGUUUCUGACUUUAGAGUGACAAGUAUCAGCACAAGGGAAGUCGGCUUAGCAUGGAACAGCAACGACACUCAUUCCUUUGAGAUACAUAUCACACCUCACGAAGCUGGAGAACCUCGACUCAUCACCACCACCGAACAGAGCACUGUCAUUGGUGGCUUAUACCCUGGAACCAUGUAUCGUUUUGACAUAUAUCCACAAGGACCAAAUGGGACUAAAGGGGAUUCCCAAACAGUUUCCACUACAACUGACCACAGUGCAGUGUUUGACAUCCGUGUUGUUAACGUCACCACCACCGACAUGCAGCUGGCGUGGCAGAACACAGACAACGCUUCCGGGUACAUCUACAGCGUAGAAAUACAGUCUGAACACAGCUCUGAUUGGAAGAACAGUUCUCACACGGAGAUCGCAUUCCACGGCCUGACCCCGGGCACCUUAUACAAGAUCACAGUCACCCCCCAGAUGGACUUUGUCCAGGGGCUGGCCAACUCCACCCUACAGUACACACGGCCCAGCAAGGUGUCCAGCAUUGAGAUAACGACCAAUACCACAGCAGCAACCUUAAAUUGGCAGAAUGUUGAUGAAGCCUCUUCAAACUACACCUACUGCCUUCUUAUUAGGCAGGACGGAAGUUCCAGCAACUUCCCGCCAAUAGUCACAGACGUCGGCGUUACCCAUGCUACGGUCACCAACUUAAUACCUGGUUCCUCCUACACCGUAGAGAUCUUCACGCGGGUGGUGGAUGUCAAGUCACUUGGGCCCAGCAGGCAGUCAUUCUGUACAGACCCUGAGUCGGUGGCCUCCUUCGACUGUGAAGCAGUCCCCAAGAAGGCCACCUUGGUCCUUAGGUGGGCCUGCCCUUUAGGUACCAGCACAAAGUUUGAGCUGGAGGUCAGCCAUGGAUACUGGAAAAAUAAAACGACCUUGGAGGGCUGCUCCUUGAACAACGGCCCUGAGUUCAUGACGGAAGUCACGCAUUUGAAUUUUUCUACCUUGUAUGACAUCAGCAUCGCUACCUGCUCCUGUAACAAGACGGCACCGCCCGCCCAAAACACCUGCCUCUCUGGCAUCACAGACCCCCCUCUUCCAGAUGGGUCCCCUAAUAUCACAUCUGUCAGUCACAAUUCGGUGAAGGUCAAGUUCAGUGGGUUCGAAGCCAGCCAUGGACCUAUCAAAGCCUACGCGCUCGUUCUCACCACUGUGGAUGCUAUUCCACCAUCGGCAGAUGUUUUGAGAUUCACAUAUGAUGACUUCAAAAGAGGGGCCUCGAAUACUUAUGUGACAUACCUCAUAACGACAGAAGCAAAGAGACGUGCUCAGGGCUUGUCUGAAGUCUUGAAAUAUGAAGUUGAUGUUGGCAAUGAGUCCAUCACGCAUGGCUACUACAACGGGAAGCUGGAACCCCUGGGCUCCUAUCGGGCUUGUGUGGCCGGCUUCACCAAUAUUGCCUUCAACCCUCGCAACGAGGGACUCAUAGACGGGAACGAGAGCUACGUGUCCUUCAGUCCCUGUUCAGAGGCCAUUUUCUUGCCGCAGGAUCCAGGUGUCAUCUGUGGAGCAGUCUUUGGAUGUAUCUUUGGUGCCUUGGUCAUCGUGGCCGUGGGAGGCUUCAUCUUCUGGAGGAGGAGAAGGAAAGGUGUAAAGAACAAUGACGUGACCUUUUCUCAAAUUAAACCUAAAAAAUCCAAGUUAAUCAAAGUGGAGAAUUUUGAGGCCUACUUCAAGAAACAGCAAGCUGACUCCAACUGUGGGUUUGCAGAAGAAUAUGAAGAUCUGAAGCUUGUUGGAAUUAACCUACCUAAAUAUGCAGCUGAACUGGCUGAGAACAGAGGAAAGAAUCGCUAUAACAACGUUCUGCCCUAUGACAUUUCCCGUGUCAAACUUUCAGUUCAGACCCAUUCGACUGACGACUACAUCAACGCCAACUACAUGCCUGGCUACCAUUCCAAAGAAGAUUUCAUUGCCACGCAAGGACCUUUACCCAACACUCUGAAAGAUUUUUGGCGUAUGGUUUGGGAGAAAAAUGUCUAUGCCAUUGUCAUGCUGACCAAAUGUGUUGAACAGGGAAGGACCAAAUGUGAGGAGUACUGGCCCUCCAAGCAGGCUCAGGACUAUGGGGACAUAACUGUGGCAAUGACGUCCGAAAUUGUUCUUCCAGAAUGGACCAUCAGAGACUUCACAGUGAAAAAUACUCCAACAAGUGAGAGUCACCCUCUGCGUCAGUUCCAUUUCACCUCCUGGCCUGACCAUGGUGUUCCUGACACCACUGAUCUACUCAUCAACUUCCGCUACCUUGUUCGUGACUACAUGAAGCAGAGCCCUCCUGAUUCGCCGAUACUGGUGCAUUGCAGUGCCGGGGUGGGAAGGACGGGCACUUUCGUGGCCAUCGAUCGUCUUAUCUAUCAGAUAGAGAACGAGAACACUGUGGACGUGUACGGCAUUGUGUACGACCUUCGCAUGCACAGGCCUUUAAUGGUGCAAACAGAGGACCAGUAUGUUUUCCUCAAUCAGUGUGUUUUGGAUAUUAUCAGAUCCCAGAAGGACUCAAAGGUGGAUCUUAUCUACCAGAACACAACUGCAAUGACAAUCUAUGAGAACCUUUCACCCAUAACCACGUUUGGAAAGACAAAUGGUUACAUUGCCUAAUUCCAAAGGAAAACCUUUCUGGAGUUAACCAGACCGUCACACCCACAGCGAAGGAAAAUGCCCCGAUGUUGACAUGUUUUUAUAUGUCUAAUAUCCUAAUUCUUUGUUCUGUUUUGUUAGAACUAAUUUGAGAGUGUGAAGCUGCACAUGUAAAGCAUGAGAAAUGAGAGGCUGGGGCUAUCAGGGGCUGUGGAUGGCUGGCGAGCAAAUCAACUACAUUCCUGAUUACCAAUGGGAUGAGUUCACUUUUUUUUUUUUUUCUCUUGAGAAUUACAGAAUACCAGGAAAAGUGAGCUAUGAUUUUUUUUUUCUUUUACAAGACAUUUUUUUUUAAAAAGACUAUUUUAUAUGAUUCACACGCUAAAGCCAGGAUUGUGUUGGGUUGAAUAUAUUUUAAGUAUCAGAGGUCUAUUUUUACCUACUGUAUCUUGGAAUCUAGCUGAUGGAAAAUACAUAAUUGUGGAUGAUUAUCACGUAGGGAGGGGUAUGUGGUACCUCUUCCGCCUGUGUUUUCUAUUUGAACAUGUGCCUUUUCUGAAUUAUGCUUCCACAGGCAAAACUCAGUAGAUAUCUCUAUUUUUGUACUGAAUCUCAUAAUUGGACUAUGUGGAAUAUUUAAACAGUAGUUUAGUAUUGGAGGUUCAGCCUUCUCAGUAACAUUCCUGUUCUCAUUUGAUUAGAGAAGAUCUCGCCUCCACCCCCCACUUUCCCCAUCUCCUGUUUUGUGCUCUAUUUUUUCGUUCCUUUUCCCUUCCUAUUUUUCCCCAAAGACAUUUCUGAUGACCACGCUUUCUGCCCACUGGUUGAGCAAGAGUGGAAACUAAAUUAUCAUCUUGAAAAUUUUGGGGGUGGGAGUCGGGUGAGCAGAGGAACCAACCCUUCAGUGACACAAUAAUCUUUUAUUGUCCCUGUUUUAUCUUUUUUUCUUUCUCAUUUCUGUGUUUGGUAAGAAGGAUUAUUUAAAGGUGCAAUAUGUGACUUAGUGAUUCAUGAUGCUCUAGGUUUUUAGUAACGUUUUACUCAGGUUGGCAUUUUAUGUGUCUCUGUGUGUCUGUGUAUGUGUGUGUGUGUGUGUUUCUAAAAGUGUGGCAGUCUGUGAACACUUCCAUGUGAAAACGGUGUCAGAUGAAUCCCUUCUUAAAGUCUACUGGCUUUGGUCUGUACGUGCAGUGACGCAUAUCCAUAUCUACUGUAUAUAUAUAUACUAAACUCUUAGAACAGGCAUUCCUUGAAAUUGAGGUGUACAAAGUUUGAAUUUGUAUCAAAGAUGUAAUUAUUAUUUUUAAAACCUCUUUUUCACUAUACUGCUGCUGUAAUUACUUUGAUUUUUUUAAAAAAAAUGUAGAUUAAUUUUUUGUUUAUUGUUGUUUGGCUUUCAGGUGUGUAUCCACUGAGAGUUUCCAAAUCUAUGUGGAUUUAUUUUAUUGGUACAUAAUCUGUAAACUUCUCAAGGCAUUAAUUAACACGAAAGGAUUUGUUUCUUU